CGGCUCAUUUAUUCUUCUUUUCCUAUAAACGUGUCUUCGCGGUAAUGUCGUUUUUUGUAUUCGCGGUAAUGUCGUUCGCGGUAAUGUCGUUUUUUGUAUUCGCGGUAAUGUCGUUCGCGGUAAUGUCGUGUCACGCAUUCCAACUUUUGAAGGCACUCAUGUUCCGUAUUCAAAUACAUAAUUAAACGCAUUUCUUUUUUACAUGAUCAGUAUGAUUCAAUAUUCAGUUGUUUUAUUUCUUCGUAUUUCGCUAGAUCAUUCAGGAAAAAUAUCCGGUAAUGAAUUAAAACAAGUGUUAAAUGCGCUAAAUAUUCAAGUGAGUGACAAUGAAUUAAAGCAAUUCAUGUCUCAAUUGGAUUCCGAUGGUAGUGGGUCCAUUGAAUUUGACGAGUUUUGUCGAGUGAUGGGACCGGCUUUGUUUAAAAAAUAUACACGUGAAGAAUUAUAUGAAACAUUUAGAAUAUUUGAUCAAGAUGGUAAUGGCUACAUCCAAGCAAAGGAAUUAGAGUUAAUUUUUGCACGAAUGGGUAAACGAAUGAGAAGAAAUGACAUUGAUGUUAUGAUAAAAUUAUUAGAUACCAGUGGUGACGGUCAGAUUAGCUUUGAUGAAUUUCUCAAACUGUUUGAUUAA